AUGGCGAUGAAGGGCAUCAGCCUAGGCCUGCACCGCAUAUCCAGGGCCCUCGAGGGCGUUCCACAGAAGUGGGAUGCCAUCCACGUCGCCGGAACCAACGGUAAGGGUACUACCUGCACAUACUUGGCGGCCCUCUGCAGGUCCUUUGGCAUAUCAAACGGCCUCUUCACCUCGCCUUACCUAGUUGAGCCGCGCGACGCCAUCAAAAUCAACGGCAUCCCUGUCCAGCAGGACGUCUACAACGACGUCCGACGGAGGAUUCUUGAUGACGAGCAGGCCCGGCUAGCGCAAGAUGCGUUGCAGGAGGCCCUUACCAUCUUCGAGGUGACCACCCUCAUCGCCUUCGGCAUCUUUAGCCGCGCCGAUGUGCAGAUGGGCCUCGUCGAAGUUGGCCUUGGCGGGCGACUUGACUCGACGAACGCUCUUAAGCGGAAAAAGGUCACCAUUAUCACCAAGAUCGGCCUCGACCACCAGGCAUUCCUCGGCAACACCCUGCCCGAGAUCGCCAAAGAGAAGGCCGGUAUCAUGAUGUCCGGCGUGCCGUGCGUUGUUGACGGUAGCAAUCCGCCCGAGGUCCUCGAGGUCUUCCGGCAGCAUGCAGCAAGCGUCUCGGCGCCGCUGCAUCUCACUACAAACCAGACUGGUCUCCUGGAGACUCUGUACCAGUCGGAGUUAAUGCCGCACCAGGCCCAGAAUAUGGCAUGUGCCAUUACAGCUUUUCAGCUUGCUUACCCGCAUCUGAAUCUCUCCGUGGAGAAGGCUCUGCCGAUCUUGAAGGACGUCGCACACCUGGGUAGACUGUCCUGGUUGGAAGUUGGCGAGAAGUAUCCGUCACGGAAGGGGAAGCCAAUUCUCAUUGACGGUGCUCAUAAUCCGCAGUCGGCAGAGACACUAUCCACAUUUGUCGAGCGACGCCUACGGAAUGCAGACGAACCUGUUACGUGGAUCGUGUCGGUCUCCAAGCAGGACGGAAAAGAUGCUGGAGGUAUGCUUCGCACUCUGUUGAGGUCUGGUGAUAGUGUCGCCUGCGUACCCUUCUCCAAGCGAGAGACUAUGCCCUGGGUUGAACCCUUGCCGCUCGACACAUUGAGGGAGAUGGCGUCCAACGCAGGCGCGAAGGAGAUAUUCACAGGUGAAGGAGAUCUUGAGGCCGCCACUCAAUGGGCUGUAGACACUGCGAGAGAUGGACCUAUUGUCUUGACUGGAAGUCUUUACCUGGUUGGCGACGCCUACAGGAUCCUAUCCUAA